AUGAGUGUAACUGAAGACAUUGAAGUGAGCACCGUGGGUGCUGUUGAACCAAAGAUCAUCGAACAACCAGAUGAUUUCAAUGAACCUGAACCGACAGCCGAAGAAUUGUCAACAUUGGAACAUAUUUCUGAUCACAUACCGUUAGCGGCCUGGCUGAUUGUCGUUUGCGAAUUUUGCGAACGUUUUGCCUUUUAUGGACUAUCUGGUCUCUGGCAAAAUUACAUUCAAUUUCCGUUACCCACUAAAAAUGAAACACAACCAGGUGCUCUCGAUCGUGGACAGCAGACUGCCACUGCAUUGACAAUGUUUUUUCGGUUCUUUGCUUAUAUCACGCCGAUCGCUGGUGCCAUUCUAGCUGAUCAAUUAUGGGGCAAAUACAAGACUAUUAUGAUUUCAUGUGCAAUCUAUAUGAUUGGUCUUGUCGUACUGCUUCUGACUAGUAUACCGCCAGCUAUUGAUAAAGGCAUCGCAUUUCCUGGUUUAAUCGUAGCGAUGAUCAUUAUAGGUACUGGUACCGGUGGUGUAAAAAGUAAUGUGAGUCCAUUGAUGGCUGAGCAAUAUUCUAGAACGAAACCAAUUAUCACAGUAAUCAAAGGCAAAAGAAAAAUUAUCGAUCCAAGCGUAACGAUGCAAUCGAUGUUCAAUUGGUUCUAUUGGGCCAUUAACAUAGGUGCCCUAUCAUUGAUCGCUACUACUAAUAUCGAAAAGUAUCAUUCAUUCUGGCUUGCCUAUCUUCUACCCACGGUCGUAUUCAUUGGGUCCAUCAUCGUCUUGGCCAUCGGUCGCGGUCGAUACGUUCAAAAAUCUCCGUCUGGUUCACUACUUGUUCGCGCUGCUCGCGUGACAAUGACCGCCAUCCAAAGGCGAUGGAAAUUUGGCAAGCAACCCGAUCGCCGAGAUCUUUUAGAUUAUGCCAAAGACAUGUCAUCCCCAACCGAUCAGGAUGGUGAACAGACGACGACAGAAUCAAGCAACAACCAGUUUAUUGAUGAUCUCAAAAAAGCAAUUAAAGCUUGUCGCGUUUUUGCUUUCUAUCCAUUCUAUUGGAUCUGCUACAAUCAGUUUGGAGCCAACUUAGUAUCGCAAGCUGCGCAAAUGAAUGUCGGUCCCCUACCUAACGAUAUUUUACAAAAUAUCGAUCCGCUCGUUUUGGUUAUUUUCAUUCCAAUCUUCGACAAAUUGAUCUAUCCUGGCUUGCGACGAUUUAAAAUCAAUUUUCCGGCUAUCCGCCGUAUUAGUUGUGGUUUCUUCUGUGUUUCUCUCGGCAUGGCAUGGUCAGCAUUUGUUCAACAUCAAAUCUAUUCUACUCCUCCAAAUUACAACUAUGUGCCCAAGCCUUGUAGUGCAUCAUCGAAUAAUCCAAAUUUAUUUCCACAAAAUCUAACAAAUUAUUAUACAAAUGUAUUUAAUCCAAAUGUGAAUGCAUAA